AUGGUGGACAUGGAUAGAAACGAUCCGGAGCUCCGGUACCUGUCGGUCGAUCGGAACAGUUUCAAUGACCCGGCGACACAGGCGGAGUGGACGCAAAAAAGGCUGGUGUGGGUUCCACAUGAGACCCAGGGUUUUGUCGCAGCAGGGAUUAAGGGUGAACGUGGAGAUGAAGUGGAAGUGGAGAUCGCAGAGUCCGGAAAGCGGAUGCUCGUUCCUAUCGAUGAUAUCCAAAAGAUGAACCCUCCAAAGUUCGAUAAAGUAGAAGAUAUGGCUGAGCUGACUUGCCUGAAUGAAGCCUCCGUCCUGCACAACAUCAAAGACAGAUAUUACUCUGGACUCAUUUAUACAUAUUCGGGGCUCUUCUGCGUGGUGGUGAACCCGUACAAGAAGCUCCCGAUCUACACGGAGAAGAUCAUGGAAAGAUACAAAGGCAUCAAGCGACACGAAGUACCACCGCAUGUAUUCGCUAUCACGGACACGGCGUACCGCUCUAUGUUACAAGACCGUGAGGAUCAAUCAAUUUUGUGUACGGGAGAGUCCGGCGCUGGUAAAACGGAGAAUACGAAGAAAGUUAUACAAUAUUUAGCGUACGUCGCAGCAUCUAAACCUAAAGGCUCUGGCGCGGGACCUUCACCGCAACUGAUAAUAACUAAUGGACCGACUUUUGAGGGUGAACUAGAACAACAGUUGCUUCAAGCCAAUCCGAUCUUAGAAGCCUUCGGUAACGCUAAGACAGUCAAAAACGACAACUCUUCUCGAUUUGGUAAAUUCAUAAGAAUUAACUUCGACGCAUCUGGAUUCAUAGCAGGCGCGAAUAUCGAAACGUACUUACUAGAAAAAUCUAGAGCGAUUAGACAAGCGAAGGAUGAGAGGACCUUCCACAUCUUCUACCAACUGCUGUCUGGAGCCACAACACAGCAGAAAGCAGAAUAUAUCCUCGAAGACCCAAAGAGUUAUCCAUUCCUCACAAACGCUGCACUUCCGGUGCCAGGGAUUGAUGAUGCAGCCGAAUUCCAGGCUACCAUCAAGUCCAUGAAUAUCAUGGGCAUGAAUAAUGAGGAUUUCAAUUCGAUAUUUAGAAUAGUGUCGGCUGUCCUACUGUUCGGUUCGAUGCAAUUCAAGCAGGAGAGGAACUCGGACCAGGCCACAUUGCCUGAUAAUACAGUCGCUCAGAAAAUUGCUCAUUUGCUUGGUCUUUCUGUAACAGAAAUGACUAAAGCUUUCCUGAAACCAAGAAUAAAGGUCGGCCGCGAUUUCGUCACUAAAGCACAAACUAAAGAACAAGUGGAGUUCUCAGUAGAAGCCAUUGGUAAGGCGUGCUACGAACGACUGUUCAGAUGGUUGGUGAACAGAAUUAACAGAUCUUUGGACAGAACAAAGAGACAAGGAGCGUCAUUCAUCGGUAUCCUCGAUAUGGCCGGUUUUGAAAUCUUCGAACUCAACUCCUUUGAACAGCUCUGCAUCAAUUACACAAACGAGAAGCUUCAGCAACUUUUCAAUCACACUAUGUUCAUCCUUGAACAAGAAGAGUACCAGAGAGAAGGUAUCGAGUGGAAAUUCAUCGAUUUCGGUUUAGACUUGCAACCGACUAUCGAUUUGAUCGAUAAACCUAUGGGUAUCAUGGCUCUAUUGGACGAAGAAUGUUGGUUCCCUAAAGCCACUGACAAAACUUUCGUAGAGAAGCUCGUACAGUCUCACUCGGUACAUCCUAAGUUCAUGAAGACUGAUUUCCGUGGUAUUGCCGACUUUGCAAUAAUACAUUACGCUGGUAAAGUCGAUUAUUCUGCAGCACAAUGGCUGAUGAAGAACAUGGAUCCCCUCAACGAGAACGUUGUGUCGUGUCUCCAAUCAUCACAAGAUCCGUUCGUGUGUCAUAUUUGGAAAGACGCCGAAAUAGUGGGCAUGGCCCAGCAGGCCUUGACUGAUACACAGUUCGGAGCAAGGACCAGAAAGGGCAUGUUCAGAACAGUCUCCCAAUUAUACAAGGAACAGUUGACCAAACUCAUGGCGACCUUGAGGAACACCAAUCCCAACUUCGUCAGGUGUAUCAUACCCAAUCACGAGAAGAAGGCCGGAAAGAUUGAAGCGCCGUUGGUAUUGGACCAGCUCAGGUGUAAUGGUGUGCUCGAGGGUAUCAGAAUCUGUCGCCAGGGCUUCCCCAACAGGAUUCCCUUCCAGGAAUUCAGGCAACGUUAUGAGCUUCUCACACCAAAUAUCAUUCCUAAAGGCUUCAUGGAUGGUAAAAAAGCGUGCGAGCAAAUGAUUGAAGCCCUGGAACUUGACAACAACUUGUAUCGUGUUGGGCAGUCGAAGAUCUUCUUCAGGGCUGGUGUUCUGGCGCAUCUUGAAGAGGAGCGGGAUUACAAGAUCACAGACUUGAUCGUGAACUUCCAAGCCUUCUGCCGCGGGUACCUGGCGAGGAGGAACUAUCAGAAGAGGUUGCAGCAGUUGAAUGCAAUACGGAUUAUCCAAAGGAACUGUGCUGCGUAUCUCAAGCUUAGGAAUUGGCAAUGGUGGAGGUUGUAUAUAAAGGUGAAACCUCUAUUAGAAGUGACGAAGCAAGAAGAGAAGCUGACGCAGAAGGAAGACGAGCUUCGUCAGAUACGAGAGAGAUUGGACACACAGAUGAAGAGAUGCCAAGAGUACGAGGCCAAAUACCAACAGGCUAGCGCAGAGAAGACCCAGCUUGCGGAACAAUUACAGGCGGAACUGGAGCUUUGCGCUGAAGCAGAAGAAAGCCGCGCCCGCGCAGCCGCCAGGAAGCAGGAACUGGAGGAACUGCUCCAUGACCUCGAGGGUCGUAUCGAGGAGGAGGAGGAGCGCUGUAACGCGCUGCAGCAGGAGAAGAAGAGGCUGCAGCUCAAUAUACAGGACUUGGAAGAGCAAUUAGAGGAAGAAGAAGCCGCUCGUCAAAAGCUACAACUCGAACGCGUGCAAUGUGACUCCAAAUUAAAGAAAUUGGAAGAAGAUCUCGCUCUAAGUGAAGAUACGAAUCAGAAGCUUCUUAAGGAGAAAAAGAUAUUAGAAGAGCGUGCGAAUGAUCUGUCUCAAGGCUUGGCAGAGGAAGAGGAGAAAGCCAAGCACUUGAGCAAAUUGAAGGCGAAACAAGAGUCCGCUAUCGCUGAGCUAGAAGAGAAGUUACUCAAGGAUCACCAACUGCGACAAGAGGCGGACCGCGCCAAGAGGAAGCUGGAGACGGAGCUGCAGGAUGUGAAGGAGCAGCUCUCCGAGAGGAAGACCCAGGUGGACGAGAUGCAGAUUGUUUUGAGCAAGCGCGAGGAGGAGCUGGCGAUGGCGAUGCAGCGCGUGGACGAGGAGGCGGCGGGGCGCGCGGCGGCGCAGAAGGCGGCGCGCGAGGCGGAGGCGGCGCUGGCGGAGGCGCACGAGGACCUGGAGGUGGAGCGCGCCGCGCGCACCAAGGCCGAGAAGCUGCGCCGCGACCUCAACGAGGAGCUCGAGGCGCUCAAGAGCGAGCUGCUCGACUCGCUCGACACCACUGCUGCUCAACAAGAGCUUCGGUCCAAGCGUGAGCAAGAAGUAGCAGUUCUGAAGCGCAGUCUGGAGGAGGAGGCGUCUUCCCACGAGUCGGCGCUGGCGGACCAGCGGCACAAACACUCCCAGGAGCUGCAACUCCUCAACGAGCAGCAUGAUCAGCUCAAGAAGGCUAAAGCUGUUCUGGAGAAAGCCAAGCAGUCGCUGGAGGCCGAGAACGCGGACCUGGCGACGGAGCUGAAGGCGGCGGCGGCGGCGCGCGCGGACGGCGAGCGCCGCCGCAAGCAGGCCGAGGCGCAGCUGCAGGACCUCGCCGCCAAGCUGCAGGACGUGGAGCGCGCCAGGUCGGAGCUGGCGGACAAGUGCAUCCGGCUGCAGAGCGAGGCGGAGCAGGCGCUGCAGCAGCUGGAGGCGGCCGAGCUGAAGGCGUCCGCCGCCGCCAAGCAGGCCGCCACCGCGGGCGCGCAGCACGCCGAAGUACAGGCGCUGCUGGAGGAGGAGACGAAGCAGAAGCUGUCGCUGCAGACGCGGCUGCGCGGCGUGGAGCAGCAGCUGGAGCAGGCGCGCGACCAGCUCGACGAGGAGGAGGAGGCCAAGAAGAACCUCGACAAGCAGGUGGCAGUGCUAACACAGCAACUGGCGGACGCGAAGAAGAAGGCAGAAGAAGAAGCAGAAGCGGCAGCAGCACUAGAAGAACAGAGGAAGAAGCUCAGCAAGGACAUCGAGGCGCUGCACUGUCAGCUGGAUGAGCUCAAGCAGGCUAACGACAAGUUGGAUAAGAGCAAGAAGAAGAUUCAAGAAGAAUUGGAAGAUACUAACAUCGAGUUGAGUGCCCAGCGCGCUAAGGUGCAGGAGCUAGAGAAGAAGCAGAAGAACUUUGAUAAGGUGGUGCAGGAGGAGCGCGCGGUGGCGGAGCGCAACGCGGCGGAGCGCGACGCGGCCGAGCGCGACGCGCGCGACAAGGAGACGCGCGUGCUGUCGCUCACGCGUGACCUCGACCUCGCCGCGGAGAAGAUCGAAGAGCUGGAACGUUCCAAGCGUCUGCUCCAGUCUGAACUGGACGAGCUGGCCAACACCCAGGGUACGGCGGACAAGAAUGUACACGAAUUGGAGAAGGCGAAACGUGCGUUGGAAUCCCAACUAGCUGAACUGAAGGCCCAAAAUGAAGAGAUUGAAGAUGAUCUUCAGUUGACAGAAGAUGCUAAACUCCGUUUGGAAGUCAACAUGCAGGCUAUGAGGGCUCAGUUUGAGAGAGAUUUGCAGGCCAAAGAGGAAGCUGGUGAAGAGAAACGCCGUGGUAUAGUGAAGCAGCUGCGCGAGCUGGAGGGCGAGCUGGAGGAGGAGCGCAAGCAGCGCGCCGCCGCCGCCGCCACGCGCAAGAAGCUGGAGGCCGACCUGAAGGAUGCUGAACAGGCGUUGCACUUGGCUAACAAGGUUAAAGAAGACGCAGUGAAACAAGCAAAGAAACUGACGGCGCAACUCAAAGAGGCGGUGCGAGAGGCGGAAGAGGCGCGCAGCGGCCGCGAGGAGGCGGCGGCGCUCGCGCGGGAGGCCGAGAGGCGGGUCAAGGCGCUGGAGGCGGAGGCCAUGCAGCACGCUGAGGAGCUGGCGGCCGCGGAGAGGGCCCGCAGGCACGCGGAGGCCGAGAGGGACGACCGGGACGAUGAGCUCACCGCUACCGGUGCUAAGGUCACGUUGCUAGUGGACGAGAAAAAACGCCUGGAGGCGAGAAUAGCGGCCCUCGAGGAGGAUCUCGACGAGGAGCAGUCCAACAACGAAAUACUCAACGACAGGCUCAGAAAGUCGCAGAACCAAAUCGACCAGCUCACGAUGGAGCUGGGCACGGAGAAGUCGGCCACGCAGAAGCUGGAGAGCGGCAAGCUGGUGCUCGAGAGGCAGAACAAGGAGUUGAAGGCUAAGCUCGCAGAGUUGGAGACUGCCGGACGCGCUAAGACGAAGGGCGUCAUAACAUCGCUGGAGCUCAAAGUGUCCAACCUAGAGGAGCAGCUGGAGGCGGAGUCCCGCGAGCGCCUCGCGCAGCAGAAGGCGUCCCGCAAGCUGGACAAGAAGAUGAAGGAGCUGGCCCUCCAGCUGGAUGAGGAGCGUCGUCAUGCUGACCAGUAUAAGGAGCAGAUUGAGAAGAUGAACGCUCGCGUGAAAGCCCUGAAGCGCGCGGUGGACGAGGCGGAGGAGGAGGUGCAGCGCGAGAAGGUCGGCAAGCGCAAGGCGCAGCGCGAGCUGGAGGACCUGCUGGAGACGCACGAGACCCUCGCCAGGGAGUGCUCCAACCUGAGGAACAAGCUCAGGCGGCAAGGCGGUCCCAUCGGCCUCUCAGGCGCCACUUCGUCUCGCAAGCGCUCCUCGCUCGCGCCCGGCGGCGGCGCAUCCGGUGACGAAUCCUUCGACGACGGCACCGACGCUGCUAACUCGCUUGAG